AUGGAUCCAAUACAUUCGUUGCUCGAAUGGGCUACUUCCAAAGGCGUUUCAAUCCGCGGCAUUCAACCGCAAACGAAAACGAAUUGCGGCAUUGGAAUGACAGCGACCAAGAACCUCAAGAAAGGUGAUGUUUUAUUGACGGUACCUACUCGUGCCAUGAGGGGCUUGGGCACGGUACCGGCAGCCAUUCGUGCCAGAUUACCUCAGGAAAUGUCAAUACAUGGUCUCUUGGCCGCCGACUUUGUUCUCAACCCACCAGCAGAAAGCUGGAUAAAGGUGACUCCAACUAUCGACGAGUUCAACUCCAUACCUUUUUUCUGGCCUCCAGAGGCCCAGAGGCUUCUUCCAGGCACGGCUAGACGCCUUUUAGAGAAGCAGCAAAGCAAUUUUGGCCGAGAUUGGAAGCAUCUUCAAAGCGCUUAUCCUUACGUCCCAUCGGAAGACUACAUGCAUGCUUGGUUCGUUGUGAGCAGCAGAGCGUUUUAUCAGGAGACGCAGCAGACACUUCUCUAUCCUUGGCACGAUCGCCUAGCGAUGCUGCCUGUUGCCGAUUUAUUCAAUCAUGCGUCCGUGGGAUGCAAAGUGUCUUAUUGUGCUGAGAGCUACGACAUUGUGGCAGACCGCGAGUAUGGGACAGGUGACGAGGUCUGCACAUGUUACGGCGAACAUUCGAAUGAUUUUUUGCUGGCCGAGUACGGGUUCUUAUUGCAAAAUAACACAAACGAUCGAUUUGAUCCCGACGAUUUGAUUUCUUCAGAAUUGAGCCCCGAAGAGACUGCGCUGCUCAAGCAAUUGAAGACUCUCGCUGCCUUGGACCAGCUUUGUGUACCUGCAACUUCAGAUAAAGGACGUGUUGAGAGUACACCUGGAGCGAUUGAUAAUGUGUUACUACAGAAACUUCUGGCCAAGUUUCUGGAGGAGAUCAAAGGGUGUCGCCAAAAGGUGUUAGCUUUGGACGACGGCAAAAAAGGAUAUCGACAACUUCUUCUACAGCGCUGGGAUCAGAUAGACGAACUCGUUCGAAGAGCCAUUCCACUGAGUCUCCCUAGCAGUGGACCUGAAUCGACUUGA